AUGACCAUCUCAGGAGUGCUUCGUCAAAGCAUCUGUCCAACCUUGAAACGAGCAAGGCAACACUUGGAGACUACACGAUUCGAAAAUCCUCAACCAAAACCGAACGCCACCGAGGAAGAGCAACUACAAUUUUUUCGAUCAUCUACUGUAACGUACGAGGCGGACCACGCAUCAAUCGAACGGUGCUUAACUAACCUACGAAACAAGCAGAACGAGUGGCACAACUUCCUCAUGCAGCUCGAACAAGACGAGAAAAAAACGGAAAGCGAAAUUCUACAGAAGUUCGAAGAAGACAAACAUCUCUCUGAGACGAUAGAAGAACUAGAAGAUCUUUCUCUCAAAGGAAAGAAAUGCAUCUCCCUUUGGCAAGCAGCAACCCAGCGAUUGGAAGAGAAACUCAACCAUGGAAGACAACCUACGACAAACUCGACAGCCACAGACUACUCCAACGACACCAAGCCAGAAUUCCAUAUGCCACGUAUCCACCUCCCCAAAUUCCGAGGCAGCACUGAUGAUUGGAAAUAUUUUGAAGACAUGGUAAAAGAAUUCCUGCUCGAGAAUACAUCGCUAUCCGACACGGUUAAGAUGCAAUACUUAACCAACAGCCUCCAAGGAGAAGCGAGACGUCUCAUAAUCCCGAGAUUCUCGUGCACUGGAACGAACUUGAAGAACGCAUGGAAGCUAUUAAAACAAAAGUAUGGCAACGAAUACACUCAAAAGCAGCGUUUGGUCGACAAGAUAAUAACCAUGAGGAAACCCGACUCUAACUCGUCAUCGAUCAUCCGUUUUAUCACCGAUAUCGAGAGCAUCCUAAUGCAAAUGGAAACGCUUGGAAUGGACACAAACACGAUAGAGAUCAUCACCGCCAUCGAAAAAGCUCUCCCCGACCGAAUCCGACGACAAGUAGCCAAAGAAAAAUUGAAAAGCAACGAAUGGAGCACAUCUCAAAUGCGUCAAGUUCUCCAAGAAAUUCAAAGCCUCGAACAGGAGCUGAUGAUUGCAUUCCGCCGAAGUCCAAAUUGGAAAGUGCAGUUAUCACCGUCCAGUAAACCAUCUGUUCCCCUUAGAAGUCCAACCUGA